CUUGAAGAUGGACAUUUCAAACUAAAUUUUAUAUAUUUUUUAUAAAAAUAUAAAGUUUGGUUGAAGAUGGUUGAAGGUGAUCUAGCAGAAGGUGCUAAAUAUUCCCGGAUUACGGGACUUAUUUACAUAUUCAACCUGAUUGUUGGAACCGGAGCACUCACCCUCCCGGCAGCAUUCCAUGAUGCUGGUUGGGCACUUUCAUCAGCUGUACUUAUACUCCUCGCGUUCAUGUCGUUCCUUACUGCAACCUUCGUUAUUGAAACCAUGGCCUCGGCGAAUGCUCUAGGAAGGUGGAGACGGCUGCAGAGGUUGAAGAGGCCAGGGGGGAGGACAGGAUCCAACUCAGAGAACCAAUAUGUGGAUAAAAAUAUACAGGUUGAGGUUCUAGCUUCGGACAGGGUCGUCAGCUCACCCCUUCAUAGAGGACCUGUUGUAAUUUCUCCUUCUCCAAUAUCUUCAAGUCCCCAAGGGUACCCGGAGCAGGAGGAGAUGGAUGAAAACCAUCCUCUUAUAGAGAACGUGGAACAGGUUCUUCCAACAACUUCAAACUAUUAUGAUAUAACCGAGAUAACGGAAAUGGGUAAAAUGUCCUCCAUGUUCUUUAACAAAACCGGAAGUACCCUAUUCUACGCGUGUAUAGCUAUCUAUCUGUACGGAGAUUUGGCCAUAUACGGAGCUGCUGUUUCUAAAUCCGUUCGAGACGUUGCUUGCUCAUACAAACCAGGAAACACAAGUUCUCCGCUCAAUAUCUCCGAGAAUGAGAAAUGUUGGGAGUGGAAGGAAACGAGUAGGUUGGACGUUUACAGGAUAAUCCUCGCCGUGUUUACCUGUACAAUAGGACAGUUUGUCUUCUGUAAUGUGAGCAAGACAAAGUAUCUACAGAUUGCAACUUCAAUCAUGAGAUGGUUGGCGUUUAUAGUAAUGGUUGUGCUGGCAUGUAUGAACCUAACUAAGGAAGGAUCUGACCGUCCUACUCCCCAACCUUCAAUAAUAUCCGGAGUACCGAACCUGUUCGGAGUUUGUGUUUACAGUUUCAUGUGUCAUCACAGUCUUCCAUCCUUGAUUACUCCGAUAUCUCAGAAGCAGAACUUGUUCCGUCUCCUACUCGGAGACUAUCUUCUUAUUCUCUGUUUCUACUUCCUUCUUGCCUUCACCGGGGUCUUUGCAUUCAGGGAGAUCAAUGAUCUCUACACACUCAACUUCCAGCCUUCGAUGUCGGAUAACUGGUUCAUGUUCGCGCUUCAUUUCUUUCUUUCUCUGUUCCCCGUUUUUACGCUGUCCACCAACUUCCCCAUCAUCGCUCUUACGCUCUCGAACAACCUGAAGUCCUUGUUCCUCUCCGAACAUAGAUCCCACAAUUGGUUCACCAGAACAGUUCUCUUCCCCCUACUAGCUCUGAUACCUCCAACGUGUGUAGCGAUGACGACGAACUCCCUGGAGUUCCUGGUUGGUAUUACAGGCAGCUAUGCUGGUGCAGGGAUUCAGUAUAUUGUUCCAGCUGCCCUCGUCUACUAUGCACGCAAGGAGUCGAGAAGAGCACUGGGAGUAGGAGUGAAGAACAAUCAUAUGUCUCCGUUCAAGUCUGUGUACUGGGUUCUGUUUGUCCAACUCUGGGCUGCAACUUGUAUAAUAUUUGUUACUUGGAACCAUAUUUCCGACCUGCGUGAACGGAUAUCUCUUUUUUUACAAUCAUGAAAGGUUAAAGGGAAGGUUAUUAAAAAAGUGGGUGUAGGAUGAACCAUGAUUAUACUUUGCUACUGGUUUUCUAAUUUAUCCAAUGUUUCUUUAAAGAGAAUUUGAUGUAAAACGUUCUCCACAGAUCGGAUAAAUAUAAUAGUAGAACUGGAACUGCCGUGUACCGCCUGCUGUGCAGCACAGACGAAGAUAUUCUAGUCUGUAAAGAACAUUUAUUACAAUAUUUUUACACCCCUUUUUUAACACUCAGUUUAGCUCUUGAAAACUGUAUAUGCUCUUAAUCACAAUGGAGAUGUUUCGGUUCUCAAAUAUUGUCUUUUGUAUCAUGACAAAAAACUUUUAUGUCAUUCAAAUUCAUUCACGGGUUUAUUCUGACAAAAUUGAAUAUUUAAAAACUUCACUUUACAACGUUUACUUUUGGUCUUGAGUCUAAACCCCAUACUAUUAGGCUUUAAUUAGUACGAAACCUUUUCAAUAUUUGAACGCACAAACUGUAAAAAUUCAAGAUUAUUAUAUAUCUAAUAUAGUUUUAUUUUGAUGUGGUUCUGGAUCCUGGAUUUGCCCUGGAAAAAAUGGUCCCGAACCCCGGCCUUGAACAUUUCUUCAAGAUUAACAGAUUGUUUAACAAAUGAAAAUUUUUCUUAUUUUUUCGCAUAUUGGUGAAACUUAAAGAACCGUUCAGAGAUAAGAAAGUUUUUAUUAAAUAUAUUUGCGGAUCCGGAUUUAGGAAGGCACAAUGUUGCGGAUUCAGAUCCUAAGUACUCCCCCAAAGUCAUAGCUUUUCCAUUGGAGUUUAAAAUGUGAUGUCUUUCAAUAAGUUUGCCUUUAUUUUGACAUUUUAUUUGCAUCUUAAAUAUUCCAUUUAAAUGAUUCCAUCUGUUAGAUAAUCGCAUAAUCUUUGCUUUGCUGUUUUUUUUUAGUACUAACUUCCCACACUCCAAAGUGAUGUUGAAAUGUGCUACAGUAAAAAACAUUUUUGUAUAAAGUGCCUUCUCUUUUUUUUCUCCCCCCCCCCCCCCCACACCUUAAU